AUGUUGCUGCUUGGUCUGUUAACCUUACAAGUGCUCUGCUUUGUGGACUGCUACCCCAAUGGGGCUCCCACUGGUGCUUGUGAGGAUAUGAUGCCUCGGCAUGCAGGAGUUUCACCUCAGACAUCUCCAGCUCCCUACACAAUUCUCACCAACACCAAGAAGUAUCAGCCUGGAAUGCCUGUUACAGUCACUAUUAUAGGACCCGAAUACAGAGGAGUGCUUCUGGAAGCCCGGAGAAAAGGCUUCAAUGACGCUUAUGGAAGCUGGAAACACCCUCCCCCAGACACCAAAUUCCUCCAGUGCUCAGGAAACCCACAAGGUGCAAUAACUCAUGCCAACACCAACCUGAAGGGUAACACCACGGUCUACACCUGGAUACCACAUGACACUAUGCACCCUGUGUAUUUUAUGGCCACAGUGGCUCAGCAGCGCACCAUCUACUGGCUAAAUGUGAUGUCCAGCACGCUGACCAAUGAGAAUCCGGGUGGUCUUAAGCUGGCUACAGAUGCAAGUGCUGGAAUGACUGAAGAUAAACCUCUCCUGCUCUUUGCAAUGUGUUUUUUGAUGUCACAGAUUCUGGGAUAAACACUAAAUUUUUCCUUCUUUGGCAUUUCCUGGCUGUUUUUGUGCAUUAAAGUGAAAUAUACCAAGGAAAUUUGACUUGAUUAACACUUAAUAAAUACCUGCAGUAUUGUUACAUAUGAAUCAGUCAUUCAUGUUUUGCUCUGAAUAGAAGGAAUCAUGAUCAUAAUGUUAACAAAAUAAUAUUUGAAUAGUUAACCACGCUAUAAGCUAUAUUGCUUUUUUCCAAAAGCAGGCAAAAAGACAAAAACAGAAACAUGGAUUGACAGGGAAAAACUGGGUUAUCCGUGACAUGCAUAAAUCUAACUGUGGCUGUUUGUUAUUGACUUAAUUUCAUUUCAAGUAUUGAAGAGCUUGUAAUGACCUGCUUUUUCCACAUGGUUUGAUCUCUAACCUAGAUUUCUGGCAUGAUGGUGAACAGAAAUACUAAAGAGGCUUAAAACUUGCAUCACAUGUGUCUUUUGAAGUUUAACAUCCCACAUUCUCUGCAUCACGCCACUGUUACUGGCUGUUUUAUGCACUUGAAAUCUGAUGAGGAAAAAUAAACAAAUUUAACUAUAAUUUGAAAGCCACCUAAUCCUUUAAAUCUUUUAAUAGGAAGAACCUUUACAUUGAUGAAACAGAGAACAAAGCACCAGUUAUACUGAGGAUAGAAUUGCAAGACUAUUAUAUAAAUCACAAAGCUUCUUGGUCUGGAUUUUAAGUUGUUAAAUUAAAAAACCGGCAGUUUUAGUAGUUUACUGUGCCUAUUUCAACAGGAAAAUUUGUCUCUGCAUUUGAAAGAUGCUAUGAAAGUUGAAGGGUAUGUUAGGUUGACAUAUAAAGUGUGUGAGUGAGGCGUAAUAAACAAAAAAUAACAAGGGUACUAACAAAAUGGAUGGUAUCAAAAGAGAAAAGUUUAAUACAAAAAUAAGAAAACUUACCAAAAGACACAGGAUGCAAGUAACACGUAUAAAGCUAAACACAAAGGGACUAAAUAUUAGAGCCAAACAACAAUGAAGAAUAACAGAGAACUGAAUAUGAAAAAUUCAAUUUAAAAUGGAUAAAAUUUAAUUUUUAAACAGAAAAUCUAAAAAGUAAAACACAAAAUAUAAAAGAGAACAUAAAUCAGAAUUGGCUCCUCCUUUCUUCCUUAAAGCUGAUAAGAAAUGUUAAGAUGCCCUAAUACAUUAUAAUCUAUUUACAGUACCUUUUAUAAAUGGUUUAGAUGCAGUUUAUCAAUGAUUGUUAAACUUAACAUACUAUCUGUUAAUCAUUAGUGAAUGUUCUCUUUAUCUUUACAAAUCAUGGUUUUUGUAAAGUUCAACCAUUGUUCCUUUCUAUUUAAAUGCUCUGUUGUAUCUAUCUUGCUAUCUUGUAAAGUGCUUUGAGGUGACAUCUGUUGUUAAUAGGCUAUUUUGUCCAUAAAAUGAAUAACUGAGCUGAAUUGAAUCCACUGAAAAACUGUGAAGUCUGAUACCUUUGAACAUCAGGGUAAAAAUGGUGAUUAAAUAAAAAA